AAAGGCCGUUUCAAGCCGUUAGAUAGUGUCCUCUGGAAAAUAUUCUUUCUUAAAGAGUGGUUUUUUCUUCGUUUCACUUUCAGUUUCGAAACCUCGUAUGUUACUCCUUCUUUUCUAACAGUAACAGAAGAUGGGAUUCUGGACUUUGCUAGAAGGGUUACUCCUCUUUGCAAAUGCAUUGGCAAUUUUGAAUGAGGACCGAUUCCUUGCUCGGAGAGGAUGGACAUUGGCAGAAAUGACAGGACCUCAAAGGAAUUCUCUUAAAGGACAAGUGAUAGGACUCAUUUAUGCUUGUCAAUUCUUGAGACUUCCCCUUAUUCUUUUCAAUAUUAUCACUAUCAUAGUGAAACUGUUCACUGGAUAACUUGAAUAGAGUGUGAUAUUGGAUUGCUGUACUCUGUUGUGUGUUGUAAAUUUUUAGUUUUAUGCUCCGGCUAUAGUUGACAAUCUUGCGAAAAUUCAACUGAGGUAUAUUUAUCAGAAAAUUUAUCAGUUCGGUUGUAUCAGUAUUGAAAUUUAUCAUUCCUUUGAACUUUUAAGAUGUUUUAAGCUA